AGGGAUUCUGCUUAGCACUCAAAGAAAAGGGAAAGUAAAUAGAGAGAUAAUACUAUAAAAGCUAGAAAAAAAAAACAGUAAUAUGAUAGCGUCCCUAACCCUUUUACUCGCGCCGGUAUUCCCUUCUCCGCUGUUCUCCUCGUUCAGUCGCAUUACUUACCUCCACUCUCCUCCUCCGACAGGUUUAUUGAGGGUGACAUCUAGAAAACUUGCAUUGGCUACAAAGGCCCGUGCGAUAUCAACCAUGGCAAGUGAUGAAGAAAUUAAAUGCACUGUGAAGCAGCUAUUGGCUCAAUUGUUUGAACAGUCGCUUAGAACAACAGUCCCCGAUGAGCCAGAUGUAGAGCCUUUGGUUGCUGCCUGCACUGGAAAAUUUGGUGAUUAUCAAUGUAAUAAUGCCAUGGGUCUAUGGUCUAAAAUAAAAGGGAAGGGGACACAAUUUAGGGGUCCCCCAUCAGUUGGACAGGCCAUCAUGGGAAAUUUACCUCCAUCUGAGAUGAUAGAAUCAAGCUCCGUGGCAGGACCUGGAUUUGUAAAUGUUGUAUUGUCAAAGGAUUGGAUGGCUAAGAAAAUACAAAAGAUGCUGAUAGAUGGUAUUGAUACUUGGGCGCCAAGGAUUUCAGUAAAAAGGGCUGUGGUUGACUUUUCCUCUCCCAAUAUCGCAAAGGAAAUGCAUGUUGGCCACUUAAGAUCUACUAUUAUUGGUGACGCACUGGCUCGUAUGCUUGAGUUUUCGAAGGUUGAAGUUCUUCGCCGAAAUCAUGUUGGUGACUGGGGCACACAGUUUGGUAUGUUGAUCGAAUUCCUCUUUGAGAAGUUCCCAAACUCUGAAGAUGUCAAUGAAGCAGCUAUUGGAGAUCUACAAAAAUUCUAUAAGGCAUCAAAGGAGAGAUUUGAUGCUGAUUCUGCUUUCAAGGAAAAAGCACAACAGGCGGUGGUUCGGCUUCAGGGUGGUGAACAUAAGUAUCGCCAAGCAUGGGCAAAAAUCUGUGAAAUUAGCAGGAUGGAGUUUGACAAGGUCUAUCAACGCCUUGGAGUCCUGCUGGAGGAAAAGGGAGAAAGCUUUUAUAAUCCGUACAUUCCAGGGGUCAUAGAGGCGUUGAGCAACCAAGGAUUGGUUGAAGAAAGUGAAGGUGCUCGUGUGAUCUUUAUCAAAGGGAUCAACAUACCUCUUAUUGUUGUGAAGAGUGAUGGUGGUUACAACUAUGCUUCCACUGAUUUGACUGCUCUUUGGUAUCGCCUUAACGAGGAGAAAGCUGAGUGGAUUAUAUAUGUCACUGAUGUUGGCCAGCAGCAGCACUUUGAUAUGGUAUUCAAAGCUGCCAAGCGUGCGGGUUGGCUCCCAGAUGAUGGUAAUACAUACCCAAAAACUAACCAUGUUGGUUUUGGCCUAGUUCUUGGAGAGGAUGGCAAGCGCUUUCGGACUCGCAGCAGCGAGGUAGUCCGAUUAGUUGAUUUACUUGAUGAAGCCAAGAGCCGGAGUAAGGAUGCACUAAUUGAGCGGGGUAAAGAUAAAGAAUGGACGGAGGAGGAGCUUGAGCAUACUGCUGAGGCAGUUGGUUAUGGUGCUGUCAAGUAUGCUGAUCUGAAGAAUAAUAGGCUGACAAAUUAUACAUUCAAUUUUGAUCAGAUGCUAAAUGAUAAGGGCAACACUGCUGUCUAUCUGUUGUAUGCUCAUGCACGGAUCUGUUCAAUCAUCAGGAAGUCGGGUAAAGAUAUAGAGGAGUUGAAGAAAACGGAGACCAUAGCCUUGGAUCAUGCUGAUGAGCGAGCAUUGGGGCUUCAUUUGCUACAAUUUGCUGAGGUUGUCGAGGAGGCCUGCAACAAUCUACUGCCAAAUGUGUUGUGUGAAUACCUCUAUAAUUUAUCUGAAUACUUCACAAAGUUUUAUUCCAAUUGCCAGGUUGUUGGGUCAGCAGAGGAAACAAGUCGACUCUUGAUCUGCGAAGCAACGGCAACAGUUAUGCGGAAAUGCUUUCAUCUUCUGGGAAUUGUACCAGUUUACAAGAUAUGAUCUUUUUAUUACCAACCCAUUUUAGAGGGUUUUGAAUACUUACUUUUGCACUGGUCCUGAAAAACUUAACUUGUAUACAGAUACACUUAUUGGCAUUUUUUGUUGGAAAAUUUGUAUAAUUUCUUCAUAUGGGUUGUGCCAAAAUAUAAAACAUGAAAUUUGGUUUAA